AGUCGGCACUGGCGAUGGUGGCGGCCUCGUCAGCCUAGCAGCAGGAAGAGGAUGUUUGCGUCCGGUGAAAUAAUAAUAUCACUUGAUUAUAAGCCUUUAUAACAGAGUAAACCGCCGUAGAGGUUUUCUGCUGAGCCAGCUGGGAUUCAGACAGCGCAUUCCCUCACCUGGAGCCGGCCGCUGUGGGUCUGAAGCAGGGCGCUGGGUAAAAUGUCCCUGUUCCAGUCGGCACUGGAUUUCCUAGCCGGGCCCGGCACGUCCGGAGCGGCCAGCCGGGACCAGAAUGAUUUCGUCGGGCAAGUCGUUGAGCUCGGUGACAUGAAACUGAGGAUCAAGAGGGUGAUCGCGGAAGGUGGAUUUGCCUUUGUGUAUGAAGCCCAGGACAUGAGCAGUGGUAAAGACUAUGCCCUCAAGAGGCUGCUGUCCAACGAAGAAGAGAAGAACAAGGAAAUCAUACAGGAAGUCUGCUUCAUGAAAAAGCUGUCAGGUCAUCCCAACAUGGUUCAGUUCUGCUCUGCUGCCUCCAUCAGCAAGGAGGAGUCUGACACUGGACAGGCCGAGUUCCUGAUCCUCACUGAGUUGUGUAAAGGUCAACUGGUGGACUUUAUAAAGCGGGUAGAGCAGAGGGCUCCUAUGUCAUGUGACACCGUGCUGAAAAUCUUCUACCAGACAUGCCGCGGCGUGCAGCACAUGCACAAACAGAAACCUCCAAUCAUACACAGAGACCUCAAGAUUGAGAACCUCUUGAUUAGUAACCAGGGCACCAUCAAGCUGUGUGACUUUGGCAGCGCCACCACAGUGUCACAUUACCCUGACUACAGCUGGUCGGCACAGAAGAGGUCCAUGGUGGAGGAUGAGAUCACAAGGAACACCACUCCAGCAUACCGAACGCCAGAGAUGAUCGAUCUCUACUCCAACUUCCCCAUCAACGACAAACAGGACAUCUGGGCCCUAGGAUGCAUCCUCUACCUGUUGUGUUUUAAGCAGCACCCAUUCGAGGAGGGGGCCAAGCUGCAAAUCGUCAAUGGAAAAUACUCAAUCCCCCAGAACGAUGUCAAGUACACUGUGUAUCACGAGCUCAUACGUUCCAUGUUGAAGGUGAACCCAGAAGAGCGUCUGUCUAUUACAGAGUUGGUCAACCAGCUCCAGGAGGUAGCAGCAGCACGGAACGUCAACCCCAAGUCUCCCAUUACAGAGCUGCUGGAGCAGAACGGAGGGUUUGGCAACAACGGAGCCCAGCCGCCCAUGCAGAUCCACAACGUCCCCAACAAUGCAGGCAUGUACGAUCCUGAUCAGUCGGGCAGUGGCCUCUUGGAUAUAUUAAGGGGAGGAACUGAGCGCUUCCUGACCAACAUAAAGGACACUUCCUCUAAGGUUAUCCAGUCAGUAGCCAGCAACCCAAGCUAUGCCAAAGGGGACCUGGACAUUUCAUACAUCACAUCCAGAAUAGCAGUCAUGUCCUUCCCAGCAGAGGGGGUGGAGUCCGCUAUAAAGAACAACAUUGAGGACGUGCGUCUGUUCCUGGAUUCACGUCAUGCUGGCCACUAUGCUGUCUACAACCUCUCCAAACGAUCAUACAGGCCUUCUCGAUUCCACAACAGGGUUUCAGAGUGUAACUGGCAGGUACGUCGAGCCCCCAACCUCCGCAGUCUCUACAGUGUGUGUAAGAACAUGCAUCUAUGGCUCAAACAAGACCAGAGGAACAUCUGUAUAGUGCACUGUCUGGACGGCAGGGCAGCAUCAGCUGUGGCAGUUUGUUCCUUCCUUUGUUUCUGUCGCCUUUUCACCACAGCUGAAGCUGCUGUCUACAUGUUCUCAAUGAAACGUUGCCCACCCGGGAUAGCACCCUCACACAAGAGGUAUAUAGAGUACAUGUGUGACAUGAUGGCAGAGGAGCCCAUCAUCCCCCACUGCAAGCCCAUAAUGAUUCGCUCCAUCGCCAUGACACCCGUGCCAUUGUUCAACAAGCAGCGCAAUGGGUGCCGGCCGUUCUGCGAAGUUUAUGUUGGAGACGAGAGAGUCCUCACCACAUCGCAGGAGUACGACAGGAUGAAGGAUUUUAAGAUGGAGGAUGGGAGAGCGGAGAUUCCCCUCAAUGUGACAGUCCAAGGAGACGUACUGGUGGUGAUCUAUCAUGCAAGAUCUACACUGGGAGGACGUCUACAGGCCAAGAUGGCAUCCAUGAAGAUGUUUCAGAUCCAGUUUCACACAGGCUUUGUCCCCAGAAAUGCGACCACUGUAAAGUUUGCCAAAUAUGACUUGGAUGCCUGUGACAUCCAGGAGAAGUACCCAGACUUGUUCCAGGUCAAUUUGGACAUUGAGGUGGAACCCAAGGACAGAUCUAGCACUAAGACCCCUCCUUGGGAGGGUUUCCAAACCAAAGGCCUCAAUCCUAAAAUCCUUUUCUCCUCUCGUGAUGAGCAGCAGGAGAUCCUCAGCAAAUUUGGUAAGCCCGAGCUGCCUCGCCAGCCAGGCUCCUCAGCAUUUUACUCAGAGUCACCCCAGCCAACUCAGAUCCUAGAAAGCUCCAAUGCAACGGAACCAGAAUCCCCUGGGAGCACUGAUAGCAAUGCCAACAACUUCUUCCAGACACUGGAUUGGGAAGAUGUACGCGGCCCUCAGGAUGCCUCAGACAGUCAAGGAGGGGGAUCCAUGAAUGACCUGGAUGACCUGAGUGAAUCAGAAGGAGAGUCCUAUUCUUAUUCUGCCCCCAGUGGGGAGCCUUUGUCACGUGACCCCAGCGAACCACUGUUUGAUGCUGACUUCCAGAGCCCUCCUCCUGCAGCCCAGGAAUCUCCUGUCAGUGACACAGCUGACCUCUUGGGGUUGAACUCUGAUCCCGAACGUCCUGCCAUUUCCUCGGCCUCCUCUUCUGCUCCUCAUCAAGGAGACCAGGGAAUCCUGAAAGGGGCAUCCAGCAACAGCGAUCUCCUCAAUGACCUUUUUGCACCCCCUGCUGGUCAGACAGGAGCAGUGCAGGAAGACUUGUUCUUCAGUGGGCCACCCAGUGGGGCCACACCAGAUUCAAAACCCGUGGGCGAUCUGUUUGAUCCUUUUGGGAUGGGGUCUGGCUCUGGUGUUGGAUCCAGUGUGGGUUCAUCUCGGCAGGCCUCUGGACCGGACCUAUUUGGAGACUUGUUGGGUUCUGAUAGUUCAGCCACCAGCGGGUUCAGUUCAGCUCACAGUAACCCCACUCCUCCUUCAAACACAAGCCUCUUCAACCUCAAUAAGCUAGUGAAUGAUACCCCUAAGAUGACAUCAUCAGCCAGCCAACCAGACCUGCUGGGUGGGUGGGAUAGCUGGGCAGCUGGCAACACCACUAACAUGAGCACAACCGCCAGCAGCAAACCCAACUAUACCAACACUGCUUCUGUUGCGCCAUCCAUGUCGAAGGCCAAGUCUCAGACCUUUGAUCCUUUCGCCGACCUAGGAAACCUGGGCUCCAAUUUACCAGGUACAUCCGGACCUUCUUUUAGCACAAAGGCUCCUUCCUCCUCUGCUAAGCCUCAAGCCCAGCCCUGGCAAUCUGGAAGACCCACUUCAGCCCAGAGCAAACCUUGGAUGCCCGGAUCAGGUUCUGGCUCCGCACCCAAAGCGUCCUCAGCGUCGUCACAGCCUGCAGGCCCACAGUCCACCAAACCCAACUACAACCUCAACUUCUCUAGUGUCAUUGGUGGAAGAGAGGAAAGAGGAGUCCGCGGGCCGGGAUUUGGCCCUAAGCCGAAGGUGAAGGAGGAUGAUUUUGAGGACCUGCUGUCAACUCAGGGUUUUGCCUCUAAACUUGAUAAGAAGGGACCAAGGACCAUCGCUGAAAUGAGGAGACAGGAGAUCACAAAAGACAUCGAUCCACUUAAAUUACAGAUCUUGGACUGGAUCGAAGGGAAGGAGCGAAACAUUCGAGCGCUGCUGUCAACUCUGAACACGGUGCUGUGGGAAGGCGAAACCCGCUGGAAGCCUGUGGGCAUGGCUGACCUGGUGACACCUGACCAGGUGAAGAAGUACUACAGGAAGGCUGUGCUGAUUGUCCAUCCAGAUAAGGCAACAGGCCAGCCCUAUGAACAUUAUGCUAAGAUGAUCUUCAUGGAAUUAAAUGACGCCUGGUCAGAGUUUGAGAACCAGGGAUUCAAAUCACUCUUCUAAAACAUUAGUCUGGAUCCCAGCUAGACCAGACCAGACUGGAAUUGACUGGAUUUGAUUUAGGCUAACCCAGCAAGGGUUAGACUGGGCCAGAUUGGACAGGACUGAGCCCACAUUGGGCCUUGGGGGUGCAGAGCCUCUGAGAGGUGUCCUCUCUACCAUUCCCUUCACUCCCUUGUCAUUCUUUACUUUCCUUUGUUUCUGCAGUCAAGGAAAUGACCUUUUGCCUCAUGUCUGGCUGUAGGGAAGAUUUUCUCACUGGUGCAUAAACAGCCAGUUAAAAAAAAACAUUGUGAUGGUUCUUAAACUCACUGCCUACCUGUACGACUGCCUGAGUGGUGCUGCAAACAUCGGGAGGGAGGAAUGGAUGACAAUCGCACGACGAAGACAAAAAGGAAAAGAAAUCCGAUAAUACCAGGACUUCUAAAAUGACCAAACUGAUUAUCAUGGCAGUGGUAUUCUGAUAGAUGUAAUGGGCCUACACUAAUAAAUUGCUGGUAAUUUUUGGCUGUGGCUGGUAAGUUUGCCAUUUGUGCCUGGCACUUUUGCAAACAACCAGUCACUUAGCUGACUGGUUAAAAAAAAAUGGCAGUGAAUGUUUCUGCAUGCCAGCCAACAUGAUAGUUUGAAAAACAUCACUUGAAGGAAACGUUUUUAAGCUUAGUUGCCUCAAAAAAUAUCAAUGAUCGAUAGAUGAAUCUUAGAACAUACCAGCCACAGCAACCAAUGGACAAAAAAACCCCUCCUGUUCUGCCUCUAAUGCAGAAGCAGGAUUAAACUCUCCCAGGAUUUCAAAACAAUGUAAAUCUGUUGCUAAUGCUCAUUAAUAUUUUUGGAAGUGCUACUGAUGAACCAUUUGGGAUCAACUCUUGGGUGGGUUUGUUUUUGAGCCAUUUCCUCUCCAGAAAGACAAGACUGUCGCCUGCUGAACACUACUAGUGCUGCUUCUACCAUUACAGUUACUGCUACAGACACUCUUCAGAUCGAUGGUAAAAACCUGCAUCCUAAACCUCUUAACUUCCUGACAAAGGAGCUGAACUGAACUUGUUUUGGGGCCCCAUAUAAACCCAAGCGGGCAGUUUUGAAGUGCUCUUUUAAUUCCACCCACUCAGGCUAUACUGUGUAGCUAACUGCAUGCUCUCCCACACCAAACCUCUAAACAACAGGAGGGUAGGUGUGUUUGAUUUCAAACCAGGAUAGUCCAAACGGAAGAGGGGUGGGGGGCUCUUUUAUUGAAGGUGCUCUUCUCCUUGUAGCAGAAAUGGAGAAGAGUCUGCCUGCCUCAUUAUGCGUGUGACAGACUACAUGCCUACCAUGUUUACACUGUUCAUUGCUUUUGAGCAUCUCCAUCAUCACUAUCAUUAUUAACCCCUCUCUUUGUCUCUGUAAGCCACUUCCCUGCCCACAAUUUUUUUUUUUGUCUGUGCAUAGGAGGAGAUCAAAAAGUGAAGGGAUCAAAAGAGAAAAUCGUGAUUUAAUCUCGUUGCUCUUGGUUUUACUCUUUCUUGUAUUUUUUGGGUUCAGUCUGAGCUUUGAACAUUUUUUUGUGGGUUAAUCAUCACUUCAGUGUAAAUAUACAAAUAUUAUCCAUCAAGUGGCUUUGUUAACAUUACAGCCUGGGCAAUUGAUUUGUUAUUGAGGUUCAUGAUUGACUGUAUGAAAGGUUGUGAGUGUGUGCGUCUGUGUGUUUCUUUCUGAGGGAAGAUAAUAAAACCUUGUUGGACAUCAUGCUUUUUUGUCUGCAAUGAAAAUCUUUUCUCUCUUCAUUUGAUUUUGUUUUAGCCUCUGCCACACUUGCUUUUGUGAAUGUUUUGUCUUUUCAAAAAUCUUUCCAACUGUUGCUUCUUUUUUUCUCCUUUUAUUUUUUUUUUCACAUUUUACCUCAUGGACCAAUCAAAUCACCUGUUUUCUUAUUUAUUAUUAUGAUGUUGGGUUUUUUUUUUUUUUUUGGGAGGGUCGGGGGUUAUAAUGACAUGUAUUCAUGCAUAUUAAUGGCACAAGUGAAAAACGUCAGAUAAUAUAUAUAAGUGGAAUGUGCUGAGUGCAAGUGGGGACAGGUGGUUGAUCACAGUGAGCCUCUUUGCUGCUGUUUUCAUUCCAAAGCAUCUAUUAUUAAUACGAAUGUGCUUUUUACAAAUAUAUAUCCUCUCUGUUGUUAAGCGGUAUGUGUUUAUCAGUUGUGUGUUCAGUCUGUAUUUUUGUUGUUACUGUUUUUUGUUCCCCUCUUAAGCCAGAACUGAAGUUGUUGCUUCCGUUAUGCAUUCCCACACGAGGGGCCAGUAAGCCUAGGUAAGAAAAAAAAAACAAAAUGAACUGAUGCUUCAUAUUCCAUUUGACAGUAUGGUUGUAGUAUAAAGAGGAGGUUUUGUGAAACCGCACAUAAGCAGUGUUUACUGUACCAAAUGACAUCAUACUAAUAUGAAUGUAGAUUUCAGUGCAAAAACAAAUAAUUAAAAACAACUUUUGAUCUG